AGAACGGCGACUGGGAGUGUGGCGAAAGUGCGGCUGCGGAAGCGCAGCGAGGCCGGGGAGGAGGAAGCGAGUGCCACUGCUGGGCGGCCAGGCUCCUGGCGCCAUGGGUCGCCUGCACUGCACGCAGGACCCGGUUCCCGAAGCCGUGCGCGGCGACAUGCAGCAGCUGAACCAGCUGGGCGCGCAGCAAUUCUCAGCCCUGACAGAAGUGCUUUUCCGUUUCCUAACUGAGCCCAAAGAGGUGGAGAGCUUUCUGGCUCAGCUCUCUGAAUUUGCCACCACCAAUCAGAUCAGUCUUGGCCCCCUCAAAAGCAUUAUGAAAAGCCUCCUCCUGGUUCCGAACGGUGCACUGAAGAAGGGCCUCACUGCAGAGCAGGUGCAGACUGAUCUUCUGACUCUAGGUCUUAGUGAGGAGAAAGCCACUUACUUUUCUGAAAAGUGGAAGCAGAAUGCCCCAGCCCUUGCACACUGGGCCAUAGGUCAGACCCUGAUGAUUAACCAGCUAAUUGAUAUGGAGUGGCGAUUUGGAGUGUCAUCUGGAAGCAGUGAAUUAGAGAAAGUGGGAAGCAUAUUUUUACAGUUAAAGUUGGUGAUUAAGAAAGGAAAACAAACUGAAAAUGUGUAUAUAGAACUAACCUUGCCUCAGUUCUACAGCUUCCUGCAUGAGAUGGAGCGAGUCAGAGCAAGCAUGGAGUGCCUCAGCUGAUCCUGUCCCUAAUGGCAGCUCCAGGGACCCCACCACCUGGGGAGCCCAGGUGCAGAGUUUCUGGGGGGGAAAAGAAAAGAAAAGAAAAACAGGGCCCAAUACUUGAGUCCUGUAUGGUUGAUUCCUCUAAGCUGCUCAUGGGAGCCACCACCUCCAGUCUCCUGGGAACAGCUAUUACAUCUAGAGUUGUUUUUUUUCUUUUGGGGGACAUUGUCACCUCCCAUUAAACAGAGUAAACAAAUGGUUCCUUCA